AACUGCUGUGCCAACGCGGGCUGUACAGCGUCCGUUCCUCGCACUCUGUUCUCGGAUCAGUAUACACCUUUUAUUUAACGGUUUGAUUUACGGUUAUGGGGUUAUUAACGCUGAUCUAGGAUCGGCUAUUGGGAACAGCGAGUAGCCGGAUCCCGAUGCAGCAGCAACACAGCAUUGUGCUUCGCAUCUUGACUUCCCUCUCCUCUGUCGACGCCAGGGGAGAAAAUCUCGCGUUGUUGGCCGUUUUUUUUGUUGUUGCUCUCUCUCCACCUCCACCACCACCACCACCCCUCCUCCCUCCCUUUCUGUUUCUCUAUCUCUUUUCCUCUCUGAGUGCAUGAAACCCGGAGCGCAUGAGAUCUCCUCCCGAAACCUGAGCGCGCAGUCACCGAAACGAGAGGCGAUACACCCCGCACAACAUGGCUACAAUCGUAACCUCGACCAGGUUCACAGACGAAUAUCAGCUCUACGAAGAGCUCGGAAAGGGUGCCUUUUCAGUGGUCCGGAGAUGCGUUAAAAAAUCGACCGGUCAGGAAUAUGCUGCUAAAAUUAUUAACACAAAAAAACUUUCAGCAAGAGAUCAUCAAAAACUGGAAAGAGAAGCUCGGAUCUGUCGUUUGCUUAAACACCCCAACAUUGUUCGACUCCACGACAGUAUCUCUGAAGAAGGUUUUCAUUACCUUGUCUUUGAUCUUGUCACCGGUGGGGAGCUGUUCGAAGACAUCGUUGCCAGAGAGUAUUACAGCGAGGCGGAUGCAAGCCAGUGCAUCAAUCAGAUCCUGGAGAGCGUCAAUCACAUCCACCAGCAUGACAUCGUGCACAGGGACCUCAAGCCGGAGAAUCUGCUCCUGGCCAGCAAGAUGAAGGGGGCUGCUGUGAAGCUGGCCGACUUCGGCCUGGCCAUCGAGGUGCAGGGUGAUCAGCAGGCCUGGUUCGGGUUUGCGGGCACCCCUGGCUACCUCUCCCCAGAGGUCCUGAGGAAGGACCCCUACGGAAAGCCUGUGGACAUCUGGGCUUGUGGUGUGAUCCUUUAUAUCCUCCUUGUGGGAUACCCGCCCUUCUGGGACGAAGACCAACACAAACUCUACCAGCAGAUCAAGGCGGGUGCAUAUGAUUUCCCCUCUCCUGAGUGGGACACGGUCACCCCCGAGGCAAAGAACCUCAUUAACCAGAUGCUGACCAUCAACCCGGCCAAGAGGAUCACCGCUGACCAGGCCCUCAAACACCCCUGGGUCUGCCAACGUUCCACUGUGGCAUCCAUGAUUCAUCGCCAAGAGACCGUGGAGUGUCUGCGCAAGUUUAACGCCCGGAGGAGACUGAAGGGAGCCAUCCUCACCACCAUGCUGGUUUCCAGAAACUUCUCAGUGGGGCGGCAGCACACCAGCCCUGCCGCGACCACCAGUACCGCCGCAAUGGCGCAGGAAGCGUGCAAAAGUUUACUAAACAAAAAGUCGGACGGAGUGAAGCCGCAGACAAACAACAGUAAAAACAGUGUAAUAAGCAGCAGCAGCAGCACCAAAGACAGCAGCAUUUCACCCUCCACACCGAUGGAACCUCAGACCACAGUCGUGCACAACCCAGCUGACGGCAUCAAGGGGUCCACGGAGAGCUGUAACACCACAGAAGAGGAGGAUAUGAAAGGUAGGAAAGUGUCCGCGGGCGGGGCCAGCAGCGACAGCGCGGUGGCCAGCCAGUGCAGCGCGACCGACGACACGAUGGCCCAGGCCGAGUCCCCCCAGUGCCCGCCUGCCACAGACCCGCUGCGCGAUGCUAAGCGUAUUGCUUGGGACAGUUCAGAGCAGGCCUCCGGUCCUGAAAUAGAGCAUGCUCAGCCUGCACCCCCUGCCCCGCCACUAGGGGGCAGCGUGGCACAGCAGCCCCGCAAGCAAGAGAUCAUCAAAAUCACGGAGCAGCUGAUCGAGGCCAUCAACAACGGGGACUUCGAAGCGUACACGAGAAUCUGUGACCCUGGGCUGACCUCUUUCGAACCUGAAGCACUGGGAAACCUAGUGGAAGGCAUGGAUUUCCACAAAUUCUACUUUGAGAACUUGUUGAGUAAGAACAGCAAGCCGGUGCACACCACCAUCCUGAACCCGCACGUGCACCUGAUCGGGGAGGACGCCGCCUGCAUCGCCUACAUCCGCCUCACGCAGUACAUCGACAGCCAGGGCCGGCCGCGAAGCAGCCAAUCAGAGGAGACCCGCGUCUGGCACCGCCGCGACGCCAAGUGGCUCAACGUCCACUUCCACUGUUCAGGAGCCCCCGCCGCACCCCUGCAGUGAACCCCGACGGGCACAGCUCGCUGAAUUCUGAGGCAGAGUGGAGCCUUUCCUCUCCACGGUCAGAUCAGCCCCGGGACCCCAGCCGGACGCGACCUCCUGAAGUUUUAAACACACACACACUCACACGCACACGCACACGCACACGCACACGCACACGCACUCACACUCACACACACACACACACACACACACACACACACACACACUCACACACACAACACACACACACACACACACACUCACACACACACACACACACUCACACACACACACACACACACACACACACACACUCACACACACACACACACUCACACUCACACUCACACACACACACACACACACACACACACACACACACACACUCACACACACACACACACUCAUAUACACCCACACACAUCCCCACACACACACACACCCACACGCACCCACACACAAGCACUCACACUUGUGCACACACACACACACACAUGCUCACACUUAUGCACACACACACACUCACACUUGUGCACACACACACACACACACACACACACACACACACAAAAGAAAUGUUUAAAAAGCCAACCAACAGCACCAGUGAUUGAGUCUGACCUUCGCCUGACGCUGGGAGCCGGCUGCAGCCACCGCCCCGGCCGCUGGACGGUGCAUGCUUCUGACGCCCACAAGGGGGCGCUGUCUUGUCCUCUUUCCAUGGAUCCAUCUCUUUUGCCCGUUUACACUGUCCAGAAGGUGUUUAAAGUAUUGAGAAAUAUAUAUUCCGAAAAAAAAAAAUUGAAAUGUAUCAGAAACUACAAAACGCAAUUUUAGGAAAAAUAUCGGACGGAGAGUUCCAGCGAUUUGAAGUUUAGAAAUGUGAAGUUUUUACAAAACGCACACCCCCCAGAUUAGUGGCAGGUGUUGCAAUUUUUUUUUGUUUUCAAAAACUUAAAAAUAGAAAAAAAAGAAAAUGUAUAUCUAGAUUUUUGGAUGAAACCGUCAACAGAUGGGUUUAGAACAGAAAGUAAAUAUAUGACUUAAUAUCAAAAUUAAAAAGCACCAAAGUGUAGACUAGGCAUUUGAAAACUUGUUUUAGCUUUGGUUUAAUUCCUUUUUUUGGGAUGGGGGGGGUGGGGUGUGGGUGCAGGUUUUUAGUAUUCUGUUGUGUUAUUGUGGAAUUCUUUUUAUCUUCUGAAUGAUGCUGUACUUGGGAAGUAUUUUGUGUUUCAAGCAAGUUAAUUUUUAAAAAGGGGGAUUUUUUUAUUUAAGAUACAUAUGUAUAGAUUAUAUAUAAGGAGGAAAAAAAAAAAAGUGAAAGCUUCAUUUUCAGGGUUUGGGGAAGGGAGUCUGUGUGUGUCCUCUCUUCUCUCCUGCCCCUGCCCCCGCCCCCCCCCCCUCAAUCUUUUUGGUCUGCUAUGUUUUUUGAAAACCUUUUCUUUUAUUUUUUAAACACGUCUUUCACACGUUAAGGAAGCCCAGGCAGAAGGCUUUGGGUCCCGGUGGACACGUGUGAGUGUCUAGUCUGCCCCGCCCCCUGGCCCUGACCCUGCCCCCUGGCCCUGGCCCCACCCCCUAGCCACGCCCCCCGCCUUUGCUCCUCCCCACUGGUCCGCACAACCCUGAAGUUGCAGAACGUCGGCACCGUCAGUGUCCCAACAUUUAGAGAGCCGACCUCCACCAGCGUUUGCUGUAAUGGGGGUCGUGACCUUUCUCCCCCGGGCUUUCUAAACACUACUGACUGACUGACCGGCUUCCAUCACAUGCUCAACUUCCCCCAAACUGUAACCCUUCGCCCCCCCACCUCCCCCCCAAAAUCGGGGAGUCAGAGUAGGCGUACAUUUUGACCCUAAACCUCCUGGGUGAAACCACAAAACAGCUUGUGCCCAAAACUGUAAUUUGUAGAGUAACUAAGUUCACCCCAAACCUGGAACAGGACAAGACCGUUUUUAAAGAUGGCCUGAGCUGUUUUGCACACACGUGACUUAAAGCUGUUAUGUUCACUCUCAGUUGAACCUUCUGCAACUUCAGGUUGGUUCCCCCCGACCCUUCCCUUCCCCCCCCCCCCCUCCCUCCCUCCCUCCCUCCACCACAGGUCCACAGACAUCAUCACUGUCCGUCCAGCUUGUCCAUUGGCCCCGCCCCACCCUCACCCUCAGUCCCUUUUGAGCCCAGGUCCUGGGACUGCUCAUCCACUGUACCUCUCUUCCAAUGCCGGCCUGCGCGGCCUGGGGGGCCGAGGGGCGGGGGUGCUCGCCCUGUCCCGCCCCGUCCCGGCCCGCGCCGGGCACAGCGAGGGGGAACGCCGUUCGCGGGGUGCGGUGGAGGCGGGGGGGGGGGGAGCAGGGGCAGGUGGUGUCUAAGCCUGAGAGCUCUGCCAGAGGCAAUCAGAGGUGUGGUUUCAUGGUCGUCAUGGUUUCCUUUAUUAAUGUUCUUACUGUUGGUAUUCGUAGUGCUGGUAUUAUUAUGGAUAAUCUUAUGAGUAAUGUCCUUAUUUGAAAUGUAAAUACUUUUGAGGGGGACAGGUGAAAGGGGAAGGGUUUGGAGCUCUGGCCUGAAGAGUCGGGCCACUGUGUGGAGCGGGACGGAGCUGUGCUUUCUGCCCCGUCCCGUACGCACACGCACACGCACACACACGAACACACACGUGCACACACACACACAUACCGGCACACACACACACACACACACACAUGUUUACUGUUUGCUUGUACUGAAAAAUCACACCCAGCAGAACACACACACAUGCACACCCGUCAGUGGCAGAAAUCCAGGCUCAAGAUUCUGCUCCAUGAUGGAGGUGUACCUUCCAGGCUGAGCCACCAGGGGGAGCUCUUGCCUGUUUUUUUUUAUUUUAUUUUUUUGCCUUGCAGAGAUUUUCUGUUAGGAUAACUUCCCUGCAGCUGUCUUAGGGGAGGGAACACAGGGCACGUUGGCACAUUCAAACAGGCACCACACACACACAUGCACGCACGCACACACACACACACGCACGCACACACGUGCACACACACAGCUCCCUUUAAAACAUAUCCCUGUGUUCAUGGCAGCAAAACAUUGGAACACUCUUGUUUUCACUGUGUUGAGUAGACAGUGUGUGUGUGUGUGUGUGAAUCGUAAUGUUGGGGGGUUUUGGGCUCUGCGGUACAGUGCCCAGGGGCUUUCCGCCCCCACACCCCCCCCUCCCUAAACUGUGUAACCAUGUUCCAUCGCACAUCCGUGAGGCGGGGGGGGGGUCGUCUGGCUAGCUGGCCUGAGGUCACUGUGGCACAAGGAUAACACAGGUCUGCUUUUUUUUUUUGCUUUUUUUUUUUUUUUUUUUUAAGAAAGAAGAAGAAAAUGGGGGGAAGAUUGAUGGCGCCUCCCCUUUCCGCACCGUGCGUACCCCACACCAUACUGUGUAAACACACGUUUUGGCUGUGCAACAUAUCAGCACCAUUAACACUGUGUCACCUCCUUCAUGAAGCUUUGUACUAUACUCUGUGAUGUUCUGUUUUCUUUUUUUUUCUUUUUUUUUUUUUUUUUUUUUUUUUUUUAAAGUAGUUGAUUGACUUGCGCUGUGGGCAUCGGCUGCCUCGCCUGACCAAGCUAGAUUUCACGCGUGUGCGCGCAGCCAAGGAUCGUUCGUGUGGAAGAUUACAAGCUACAAUGCAGUUUUUACUUCAAGUGGGAAAAAAAAUGGCAAAAAUAAAAAAACUAAAGUGAAGAGAAGCGAGACACUAACUGAUAAAAUAAUAGUCACACCUUAACCGUACUUAAGGGGUAGGAAGAAACAGGAUAACAUUGACUUACAAAUCGAAAUGAUUAAUUCUUAAAAAGCCACAGUUUAACAAGAAAACUAUAUAUGCAGUUUUACAAGAGGAAGAAAUAUGCAUGUCUACUUUCUGGUAAAUAUUUUUCACUGUCUGUGUUUACUUGAUUAAAAAAAAAAAAAUCUAUGUUAGUUGCAUCUUUGAGGUCAAUGAAAACUGCUCCGUCUCAAAUAUAAGUGAUGUAUCACAUUUUAAAAAAGGAAAAAAAAUAAAAGCCUUAGCUUGGUAUGUUCCCCUCCUUAUUAGUAAAUUUAUUGCAUUGUAACCGUAUAUUAUGGGGCUACAUAUGAAUAUACUCUGAGUUUUAAAUUGGAUGCUGGAUUUUGCAUGAUCAUACAACUAAUAAACCAUGAAUUUAAAACAA